ACACACAUUUAAAGUCCACAUAAAGGGCCCCACAAGUUAAGCCCUAAAAUCCUUUCAGAGCGCUCUCCCUUUAAGCUUUUUCGCUAAAUAGCUUCGAAGACACUAGCUAUUAGCGCCACACCCCCCUUCCAAUUGCGAACAUGGUUCUUCAAAACGACAUCGACUUGCUGAAUCCUCCGGCCGAGCUUGAGAAGAAGAAGCACAAGCUAAAGCGUCUAGUUCAGUCUCCCAAUUCCUUCUUCAUGGAUGUUAAAUGUCAGGGCUGCUUCAACAUAACGACCGUAUUUAGCCACUCUCAAACUGUGGUAGUUUGCGGUAAUUGCCAGACAGUUUUAUGCCAGCCUACUGGUGGUAGAGCCAGACUCACCGAAGGCUGCUCGUUCAGGAAAAAGGGUGACUAAUUCUGAUGGCUCUGACUAGAAGAAUUUCUUUUUUAGGUGUUAAAAUCUAAUUAGUUUUAGUAGGAACAACAUUAAGGAUUUAAAAAGACUGUUAUUGUUCUUGAUGUAUUGGAUUUUUUUUAAUGAAUGUUUUGAGUUGUAUUUAA